GAAGAAGAGAGACGCUGGAGAAGUGUCACAUUUAUACCAGGAAGCAAAAUGUCGAUAUUUACACCCACAAAUCAAAUCCGCCUGACAAAUGUGGCGGUCGUGAGGAUGAAAAAAGGAGGCAAACGAUUUGAAAUAGCGUGUUACAAAAAUAAAGUGAUGAGCUGGAGAUCGGGAGCAGAGAGAGAUCUGGAUGAAGUCCUCCAAACACACACAGUGUUUAUAAACGUGUCAAAGGGCCAAGUGGCGAAAAAGGACGAUCUGUCAAAAGCGUUUGGAACAAGUGACUUAACAGAAAUCUGCAAACAGAUUUUAGCAAAAGGAGAACUUCAGGUGUCCGAUAAGGAGCGACAGACUCAGCUAGAGCAGAUGUUCCGGGACAUUGCUACGAUUGUGGCUGAGAAAUGUGUAAAUCCGGAAACCAAGCGCCCUUAUACAGUGAGCCUGAUAGAAAGAGCCAUGAAGGACAUUCACUACUCGGUCAAAGCCACGAAGAGCACAAAGCAGCAGGCACUUGAAGUGAUUAAACAGUUGAAGGAAUCCAUCCAGAUUCAGAGAGCUCACAUGCGACUCCGCUUCAUCCUGCCAGCCAAAGAUGGGAAGAAGCUGAAAGAGAAACUUAAACCCCUCAUAACGGUGGUGGAAAGUGAAGACUUUGAUGAUCAGCUGGAGAUGGUUUGUUUGAUAGAUCCAGGCUGCUUUCGGGAAAUUGAUGAGCUGAUUCGCUGCGAGACAAAAGGCAAAGGGUCGGUGGAGGUGCUCAGCUUGAAAGAUGUGGAAGAAGGAGAUGAGAAACUCUAAUAACCUGUCCUGAAUCUGCCUCCUCAUGCCACUUGCUACACUAACUACUUCCAUAUUAAAUAACUUCUCUCUCUUAUGUAUCAAGACUGUUUUAGUUGAUUUCUAUAACGGGACUGGAUUUAAUGAAGCCUUAAGCCACAUUUGGUGAAGUUUCUAGUUUGCGACACAGCCUUGCUCAUGAUUUAGAUUUUUAAAAAAAUAUAGACCAGUAAUUAUAAUGGCAUACUUUAGGCAUAUUUAUUGUUUUGAGGCCUCAGUAAAUCUUCCUAAAUGGAUUUAUCCAUAUGGUAUAAAUAGUAGUGAGCAAAUGAAUAAUCCAACACAAAUCGCAACUGAAGCGUCUGUUUUCUGUGAAAAUUUGAAGUGAUUUGUAUGACUGCAAGCCAGGUAAAAGAUUGAUUUAUUAAAAUAAAUACAAGUACACAUGCGAUGUGUAGCAUCAGAAAUAUUUAUCCCAAUGAGAAGUUUUCUUUGCCCCUUCCACCUCACCCCAUUCUGUUUUCUUGGCUUAAAGGUGUACUUUGUAAUAUUUUAAAAUGGCUUGGAAUAUUCCAAUCAUAUCCAAAAUUCCCUCAACAAGUUUGCCAUACGAUGAAUCAAGCAAGUUUCUUCAUUUCAGAUUUCUGUUUACAUUUUUUAUGGCCUAGAACCUAGCCCCGCCCCCAGUUGGAACCGAACGGCUUACCUUUUCUUUGAAAGACGACUCAGGAGAUAUGCAAAGCUUCAACAGUUGGGGUGAGGUCAGUUCGAAAGAACAGGAUGGUUUCAGGCUUGCAGUUCACCUCACAGCCAGCAGAGGGCUCUAACUUUUACAACUAGCUGCUUUUAGGUUUUCCCUGCACCCACUCAGUAUAGUCUGCCUUCUCAAAUUUGUGCCAUAUAUUUGACUUGGAACGAAGCUUUUCCAAAAUCAGGAUAAGCAAUGUUUAAAAAAAAAAGUGCGAAUAAAAACGAAUGUAAAUCA